AUGGUUCGCCUGUCUCUUUCCACCGUCGCCGUCCUGGCCUCUUCCUCUGUGGUCAUGGCAAUGCCCGCCCCCGCCAGCAACGACAAUGGAGCCCAAGCCUUUUCCUGGGAGAACUGGGUAGAGGGCAUCAUUGCCGACCCCAACGGCGAUCACCUCUCUCCUGAGGAUGCUGUCAAGGCAUCCAAGGCCGCUGAAUCUAAGAGAUCUCUUGACAUUCGUGAUGCUUCCUGCCGCGGUGAUGACGUGGCCGAGAAAUCUGCAUAUGUUCCUGAUGCUGUUGCUUGUAUCAACCAGCUUGCUAGCUAUGGCGACAAGGCCUGUAAGGCCAACAGCGCCGUCACCAUCAUGUGCAAAAUUGGGGGUGCUCAGAUCACCGCUGUCGUUCCAGGUGGACGCUACCCUACCUCGGACACUUGCCAGAACAUGGCACGGGCUGCGGGCAAGAUUAUGGACAAGUGCACCAGGGCUGACCAAACAGUCAACGGUGCGGACUACUCAUUCGGCAACGGCAACAUCGCCAUCCAGCUCAGUGCACCCACCGAUGACUAG